AAUCCACGGUAUCCAUCAAUAUCCCAUCAACAAUUAUGAUGACAUUCAGGGCUAUACAGAUAAGCCGUUACGCUUCUCGCUCUCUUUUUCUGUCCACGCAUGCCGUUGGAUCUGCCUUCCCGCAUGCCAAAUUUCGCUUGUCCGCUGUUCCAGGUGCUGUGUUCCACCAAGGGGGCUCCAGAUCUUUUGCGUCUCAUGCCCCGAAGGCCUCUGAAAUAUUGUCUGCCGUGUAUAGGGUUCGCUUGAGGAUAGCCCAAUGGGUGUGGUAUGGAAACUUGCUUUUCACAAAGCUAAAGGUAAGUGAAGAUCCUAUUUUAUAGCAAGUGAUACUGGGCUUGGUAUUGAAAGCAAAUUAUUUUGAAAGCCGAUUCUCUUGUCGAACAGCGGGGCGAGUCUUAUCGGUCUCACUCUGGGCACUGGGUCUAACCUGAUCUACGCAUCUUACGUGAACUGUAAGCGAGAGCAAGGAUUGCAGAGUGCCCUUGCCCUCGGAUCGGUUCCAGAUGUGGAAGGUGGAAGAGUUCUUGCCGAACGCAAGGAGAUCAAGGAGGCCCUUACGACACUGUUGCAGCCUGCCUCCGACCACAGCCAGUAUGGGAUGGUGAUCGGUAGUCAGGGGACUGGGAAGACGACUUUGGUCCGCCAGGUGGCACACAACCAUGCCGGGAUCUUAUAUGUCAACAUCCAGCCUUCGGGUGUUACCGAGCAAGAGUUUGCUGAAACGGUGGCCAAGGCACUUCACUUCUUUCCAAGAAGUCGUGUGUGGUUCAAUAUCGUCUUAUCGCAAUUGGGGAUUGUCACCCACGAUGUGGAAGGUUGGUUCUAAUUCAUAGAAGAACGUAAUUUCACUGGAGGCUAACUUGAAUUCAGAUAAACGAAAGUACCUUGUGCAAGUGUUUGACGAAUUCACGCGGCAGGCCAAGAUUUAUCGCCAGAAGACGAACCGCCCUCCAGUACUUGUGUUGGAUAACGUCAACCGGCUUGCGGCUGGGAAUCCCGGACUUCUCAAUAUUCUGCAAGACAUCGCCAAGGAUGCAGCAGAUGAUGGAAUUUUUAUUACGGUUUUCGUAGCCAGCGAGGGUCAGGCCCCGCUGCAAAUUUUAGGUAUGGUUGCUUUAUUUUUGAUCCUUAUAGGGCUUCAUCAAAGAUAGGAAACUAAUGUUUUACAUUUUGGUCCCUGGAUGGCAGGUCGCUCAGCACAGUCACGUCUGGGCAGGGUCAUUGUAGUAAAAGAUUUGACUAAGGAAGAGGCAUUACGCUACCUUUGCCAUCAGCAUGGAAAACAUCGCGAUAUCGCCGAAGCUGUGUAUGACUUCACUGGAGGCCGAAUUGCCUAUUUGAAGUCCGCACUGACUCAGCUGAACUCUGGAAUUCCGGUUCUAGGUAAGUUUGAAAUUGGUUCUCUAUACUUGUGUCAGAAUAUCAAUUACUAAGUACAAGGUGUCAAUGCAGGUAUCCGUCAGCAGUUCUUGGACACAGGUAGGGACGUUUUUACCAAGGCAAAAUGUAUGCCGGACGACGAGUUUAAACUGGUUGCCAUACCACUAGCAAGAAAGAUGUUACUUGCUGGAGCGAUUAGUCGUGAAGACUUUGAGGAGGGUGCCGGCAGUCAGACUACUGCCAAAAGGCUGCUCGCUGUUAACAUCUUCACCCUAUCGCCUUAUUCUGAGCUGGUUGUGUUUGAUUCCAAACCAAUUCAGCUGGUGGCCCAGGAGGUGGUAGGAAACGCUGCACAGCGGCGGCGAUCCUGGCUUUGGUUGUGGUAAGUUGUUCUGGGUUCUCAAGGCAGUCAGGGGGGUUGGUGUCGUACUAGAGGGAGGUGCUGUCUAUCAAUCACCCACACUAGCUUGUUUUUCUUACUUGCGUUAAUGAUACCUCUUUGGUUGCAAU